CUUCGCUUCUCGCGGCAAAAGCCCUCGAAGCAGAUAAGGCCGCCGUGCCCGCGGCCACCCGCCCCCGACCACCGCCGUCGGCCAUGGUCGGCGUCGCCGCAGGCUUCGCCUUCGCGCCGGCCGUGUCCCGCGCACCUUACAGGCCCGGCUCCGUCUCCCACGCACCGGGCCCCUCCUCGUCGGCGCGGUUCCCGGCCAGGCCGUGGGCGCGGGCGAGGUUCGUCGUGGUCGCGCGGUACUCGUCCUCGUACGAUAGCGAGGAGGAGGAGGAUGAGGAGGCGCUCGGAGGCGGCGGGUGGGGAAGGAGGGACCGCGGGCCCGACCCCGACUCCGACCCCGCCCUUGACAUUGAACGAAUCGAGUCCUCAACUGUAAGGCUCUUGGAUGAACAGAAAAGAAUGGUUGGCGUGGUAUCUGUAAACGAGGCAGUUCAAAUUGCAGAGGACAAUGACCUUAUACUGGCAAUAUUAUCAUUAGAUGGAGAUCCCCCAGUACUUCGACUCUUUGAGGAGAGAGAUUACAAAAAACACAAGUAUGAACAGCAGAAGAAGAAAAAGAUUCAGCAGAAAAGAUCUGUUGCAAAACGCAUGGGCUUGAAGGAGUUGAAAAUGGGAUACAACAUUGACGUCCAUGAUUACAGUGUGAGGCUUAAAGCUGCAAGAAAGUUUCUUAAAGCAGGCGACAAGGUUAAGAUAAUCGUGAACUUGAAAGGGCGGGAAAACUUGUAUAAAAAAGAAGCUAUUGAACUCCUGAGAAGAUUCCAAAAUGAUGUUGGUGAGCUAGCGACGGAAGAAAGUAAAAAUUUUGUAGAGAGGAAUAUAUAUCUGGUUCUUGUUCCCAAUAAGAUAGCGAUACAGAAAGAGCAGGAUGAGUUGAACAGAAAGGAUACUGCAAAAGAAAAGAACGACCAAUCAGACAGUGAUGAUGAACCUCUGACAGAGCAACUGGAGGAAAGUAAGGAGCCUGAGGCAGAAGUCUCGGCAAAUGUUUGAUUGAACUGUAAAGGCCAAGGGCGCUUGCUCAAAUUGAACAAGUAUCAUGCAGGUACAGCUGCUCUAUUGGUGCAGUUCUUGUAAAUACAAGGCUGGUGCAGUUGUACAACAAUUAUAUCUGUCUGACAUCAUCUCCACAAGCAUUCGGUUGGGCGCCUAGGCGAUCUGACAGAAUAGGGGCUUGAUGAUGUCCAUAAAGAACCUGGAGGAGCCUGCCACCAUCUCAGAUCUGGAGGAUGACACUUUGAGAGCUACCAAUCACUUUGCUUCGCACAAUUAAAUAUUGAAAGCGACACCAGUAGUGAUAGGAGAAGCAUUUUACUAUGAAAAUCGUCCGGGACGGUGUGCUUGGCACAUGAUUUUGAUUUUGCCUCGUCAUUUCCAGUUGUUGUAGAGAAGAUCGCGUGUAAGAGAGAAUGUGCUGCUCAUGAGUUCUCUGUAUAAGAAGUGAUAAUAUGAACGUGUUUUUCACCGCAUAAUAAAACCACUGGGGCUGAGCAAAA